GUCUAGCUACGCUGGCAGUGUUGACAUUCCUCCACAUAUUCUAGCUAUGCUAACACUGUUGACGUUUCUCAUCAAAUGAAUGUCGCAGUUUUUUUGUUUAAAAAAAACAACAACUUUUUGCGUGUUUACACCUACGUGAAAUAUGUUUAAAAAUUCGUAGGUCUUUCUAUGUGCCUGUAGACUCUUAUGACAUCGUAAUUUUUUGUUUCAUUCGGGGGUACAGAUUUUAGUAUUCCAUUUUUUGACGCCAGCCAUGGAUUGUUUUUGUUUUUUAAGUGGAUAAAAUUUCACGAGAAGCUAAAAUUUUGAUUUUCUGGAUAAUUCCCCGAUGCUUGGAUUCAGAGGCUGAGAACAGCAGCUGUCACUGUCCACUUUCUUCUUUCCUAACUGAGCGCUACAAUGAGCGAUUGAAGUAAAUAAAAAUUAUUAAAUAAAAAUGUGCAAGGAUUAGCUGUUUAGAUGUUUAAAUAAAUUUUAUAAAUAAUAUAUAUAUACAGGAUGGGCCAAUAAAAGGGAGAACAUCGCGUAAAAUAUUACGCUACGAGAUGUUCUCACUUUUAUUGGCCUACCCCAAACUGCAGUAAUAAUAGUAUGUAACAUAUUUCGUAUAAUUUCUAGGUCAGGAAAUGUUGAAAUGGACAAAAUAUGGACAAGAUAAGAAGGAGAAGAAUACAGAUACGGCAAUAAAUACUAAUGACGACAUCGAGGCAGUUAGGCCGGCCAAUCAUACCAGCCAAAGUGACCCACAGUUUACCAGCCAAAGUGACCCUCAGUUUACCAGCCAAAGUGACCCUCAGUUUACCAGCCAAAUAGAUCCUCAGUUUACCAGCCAAAUAGAUCCUCAGUUUACCAGCCAAAUAGAUCUUGAUGGCAAAACUGACAAAGUAAACGCCAGUCCAUCCACACCAAGCGUGUCGAUUCACAUCUCAGAUAUAACAAACGCCACAUCACCGGACCAGAUCACAAACGUGUCACGGAGAUCUGAAACGGUGCCCGCAUCAGCCAAGGAAAACUCGGAUACUUGUAACCAACAACUUACUGCUGACACCAGAAAAGAUCAACAUUUUACAAGUGAGGCUGACCCCAAGAACUGUCUUAGCUCAACACUUUGUCCUUCGGCAUCGACCUCGUUAUCGACAUCACAGGAAACCGGAUGUUUGAGACCCGUAAAAUUGUCUGAUUUUACAUGGGAAGAGUUCACAUCUUCGGCAUCUGAAGAGUCGACUUCAGCCUUAACACCAAGCUUAAUAACAGACUCACUACGACACAAUAACACAGGAAGUAACCUUAACACAACACAAUCGGGAAAUUGUUUAAAAGCCAUUUCACAAAAGGAACUUCUAGAACAAUCUAAAAUGGCAUCAUCACUUCCCGACGUAACAACUCUGCCGUCGGCGGAAAGAGAAAUUCUCGGCCCCGAGGUUGCAUGGGAAGAAGAGGACUUAACCCUGUUGCAAGUGGCGGAUAAGGAUAAUUUCCCCUGUAUUUGUAGUUUCGAGGAGCACACGCAACAGAAGACCUGGCAGGUGGAGAGGCUCCAGCCUGGAUUAAGGAUCUACUCUCGGCAGCCGGUCCUAAUGCACAUGCGCGUGACCAAGAAGCAGGCCCGAGCCAGGACCAUUUUCAAAGACCCCAAAGGGGCAUAUUACGAAGUUGGUCAGACGAUGAUUAUACCCGCCGAUUAUCAAGGUAGGUGUGUUUCAUUGGAAGCUAAGAUCGUGUUUUUUAUAGAGGAAAAAAUACAUAAGACGGAUGCUAGACAAAACAAAUGAUAUAGGUCAAGUCAUGCAAGAUUGAUAGGGAUUGGUAGUGGCCAAGAGGGAUGAUUAAGCGGCCUUGGGGGGGGGGGGGGGGGGGAUAAUGUUAAGAAGAUCAUUUCGUUUCUUGACUCUAAUCCUCACUAGUCAUCAGGAAAACAAUGGCCGGCGACGUUAUUUUGGUCCGGGGGUUUGUUUGAUAAGUUAGAAGAUUGUUUUGUUUGUUUAAAUAGGAAUGACAGUUGUGUUGAAUAGAUGGAUCAAUGUCGCGAUGAAGCUGUGAAUUAUAGCUUAGUUGGUGGAGAUUUUCUAUUUUCUGUUGACGUGUUGUCCUGUGAUAUUGCUUAUGGAAGGAGUUAUCCCGUAUCUGAGAUAAUGACCUCUAAAGUAAUGAAGCUCCAGCUUUCUUAUAAGACACCAGAGACUGUAAGAUAAGCUUAAUCAAAUGAACCUAUGUAAAUGCUUCAAUUUAAGAUCUUUUAAAUCUUUGUUUUAGAUUAUAUUAUAUUAUACACUCCUCUUAUAGACCCUGUAGCCUUUUAUUAGAGAAAAAUGGAAAUCAAUUAAAAAAUGAAUGCAAAUCAAUUGAAUGAUAACAGUGAUGAUAGAGAAUAUAGAUUUACCCGUGUUGAGAGGAUGUGACGAUCAACUGAGGAGAGGUUAACGUGUCGCGCCCCCUCGCGGCUGCAAAUGUUCGUAUCGCACAUUCACCCAUGGCCAUUGUUCUUGUUUUGUAGACACCCACAUUUUGCUUGCAAUCCGAUGAGCUCUUGCAAUUAUACCCACUGAGUCCUUUGAAUAAAACAAUAAAUCAAUGCGACCUUCUACGACGUAGGUUGGUUUGAGCUGGUUCCCUCGGACUUCAGCCGGUCCACAUGCUUCAUGUCUGUAGCCGACGUGGCCAAGGCAAUGCCCCAGAAGUUCUUCACAAGAUCCAACGUCAAAGGCAUCAGGACGGAAGGUGAAGGUGAACAUCAGAAAUUUUUAGAACGGAAGAUUCCCGCCGGUUCAGUGUUAGAAACAAGAGGUAAGAAAUAUGCAAUUGUGUAAGAAAUGUGGCAUUAUGUAAGAAAUGUGACAGUGUGUGUCAUAAAUGUUGAAAAGAGGUAAGAAAUAUGCAAUUGUGUAAGAAAUGUGGCAUUAUGUAAGAAAUGUGACAGUGUGUGUCAUAAAUGUUGAAAAGAGGUAAGAAAUGUGACAUUAUGUCUCAUAAAUUUUGACAAUACGACAGUAGAUGCGAAAUCAGGGUUGCAGUUGGCUGGUGAAAUUAAGUGUAUUCGUCACAAAAAUGCAGACGUCGUCUUUUAAUACAAGAAUUCUAAAAGUUUUGUUGACAGAAAUUUAUUGUUCAAUAGUUUUAAGAAUAUAAUCAAUACCUGUACAAGGAAUAAGACGUAUAACGGUACAAAGAUUAUGACCUAUACCGGUACAAAGAAUAUGAUCUUUCUGGUUCAAGGAAUAUGAUCUUUACCGGUACAAGUAAUAUGAUAUAUACCAGUACAAAGAAUAGGAUAUAUACCGUUACAAAGAAUAGGACCUGUACCGGUACAAAGAAUAGGAUCUGUACCGGUACAAAGAAUAGGACCGUUACAAGGAAAUCGUUUUUUAUAGAAGUCGUCAGAAAGUGAAGUAAAAAAUGUCACUUCCGUUUUUUCAGGAACGUUUACUGCCAAAUGGAAGACAGUUGCAGAGACGGGUCUUUUAAAGAAGAAAACUAAAGAGUGGGAGUUCCAGGAAGUGACGUAUUUGAAGUGUUUGGACCGUGACCAGACAGAAAUCCUGGUUCCGUUGAAACACAAGGGAAAGUUCAAUGCCAUUUACGAGAAAGGUCACCUGACACAGAAUGCGGUGUACAAUGUCAAGGACAUUCUGUCGGACCUCUCGCUGCCCAUUAAAGUGAGGCUGCUGUUCGGGAAGGCUCCGGUGGUACCUUGCAUAUUCACAGGUGAGUUAAUGGCCAAGUGGAACCUUGCAUAUUCACAGGUGAGUUAACAGCCAAGUGUACCUUGUACCGGGAUUCAGCUGUAGUUUUCACCGAAUGCAGGACGAUUGAUUUGCGCCCCUAUUUGUAUGCAGUUUUUUCAUCAUUUGGCGCACUUUGGCGUUGUUCACCAAUUGGCUCGUUGACCUCACGCUUGUCCCGACCGUGGCCAUGAGAUUUUGUUUCAAUUUAUUCAUUUUGAUCAUUCUUUUAAACAUAGUUAUUGUCUUUUUAUUAUUAUAUUUUCAUCAUUCAAUAUAUUUCUUCUCAUAUUUAUAUCACUUUUUUCGACUAAGGUCAACACUCACACUAAGUGCAAUGCUAAUGCACCAGUUGAUUAAGUGCAAUGCUAAUGCACCAGUUGAUUAAGUGCAAUGCUAAUGCAUCAGUUGAUUAAGUGCAAUGCUAAUGCAUCAGUUGAUUAAGUGCAAUGCUAAUGCACCAGUUGAUUAAGUGCAAUGCUAAUGCAUCAGUUGAUUAAGUGCAAUGCUAAUGCAUCAGUUGAUUAAGUGCAAUGCUAAUGCAUCAGUUGAUUAAGUGCAAUGCUAAUGCAUCAGUUGAUUAAGUGCAAUGCUAAUGCAUCAGUUGAUUAAGUGCAAUGCUAAUGCAUCAGUUGAUUAAGUGCAAUGCUAAUGCAUCAGUUGAUUAAGUGCAAUGCUAAUGCAUCAGUUGAUUAAGUGCAAUGCUAAUGCAUCAGUUGAUUAAGUGCAAUGCUAAUGCAUCAGUUGAUUAAGUGCAAUGCUAAUGCAUCAGUUGAUUAAGUGCAAUGCUAAUGCACCAGUUGAUUAAGUGCAAUGCUAAUGCACCAGUUGAUUAAGUGCAAUGCUAAUGCACCAAUUGAUUAAGUGCAAUGCUAAUGCAUCAGUUGAUUAAGUGCAAUGCUAAUGCACCAGUUGAUUAAGUGCAAUGCUAAUGCACCAGUUGAUUAAGUGCAAUGCUAAUGCACCAGUUGAUUAAGUGCAAUGCUAAUGCACCAGUUGAUUAAGUGCAAUGCUAAUGCACCAGUUGAUUAAGUGCAAUGCUAAUGCACCAGUUGAUUAAGUGCAAUGCUAAUGCACCAGUUGAUUAAGUGCAAUGCUAAUGCACCAGUUGAUUAAGUGCAAUGCUAAUGCACCAAUUGAUUAAGUGCAAUGCUAAUGCACCAGUUGAUUAAGUGCAAUGCUAAUGCACCAGUUGAUUAAGUGCAAUGCUAAUGCAGCAGUUGAUUAAGUGCAAUGCUAAUGCACCAGUUGAUUAAGUGCAAUGCUAAUGCACCAGUUGAUUAAGUGCAAUGGUAAUGCACCAGUUGAUUAAGUGCAAUGCUAAUGCACCAGUUGAUCUUUCAAUGGGACAAAAAUAAUAUAUAUAAAAAAAAUAUUUGAUAAAAAUUAUUUGCGAAGGAUUGCAUUUGGGAGACAAAAGAGCCUUCACCUUUUUUGUCUUAGGGGUCCUAUGCACAAUUAAUUCUGCAUUUCAACAUAUUUCUGUCUUUAGAUGUGAUCAAUAAAAAUGUUACCCACGUACAUUUUACCCACAUACAUUUUAUCAAUAUAUAUUUUACCCACAUGCAUAUUACCAACGUACAUUUUAUCAACGUACAUUUUACCCACAUACAUUUUACCAACGUACAUUUUACCAACGUACAUUUUAUCAACGUACAUUUUACCCACAUACAUUUUAUCAAUAUAUAUUUUACCCACAUGCAUAUUACCAACGUACAUAUUACCAACGUACAUUUUACCAACGUACAUUUUAUCAACGUACAUUUUAUCAACGUACAUUUUACCAACGUACAUUUUACCAACGUACAUUUUACCAACGUACAUUUUACCCACGUACGUUUCAGGUAUGCUUGUGAUUCGUGAUGCAGCCACGGAUGAUUCAGUUGUAGGAAGUACAGUGCUCAACACAAGAAAUGUCCUCUUUGAGAUUCCACUCUCUGCGCCGGUCAAGGUAUACAUUUAUGUGAAUGCUUGAACUCAGAGGGUAUUGCAAUAACGUUUCUGUGUCUGUAAUUAGGUCAAAUAUGUCUCUCUAAUUAGGUCGUAUAUGUCUCCUUAAUUAGGUCAAAUAUGUCUCUCUAAUUAGGUCAAAUAUGUCUCUCUAUUCAGGUAAAACAUAGAUCUCUAAUCAGAUCAAAUAUUGAUCUCUAAUCAGGUCAAAUAUGUGUCUCUAAUUAGCUCAAAUAUAUCUCACUAAUCAGGUCUAAUAUGUAUCUCUAAUCAGUUCAAAAAAGUAUCUCUAAUCAGAUCAAAUAUGUCUCACUAAUAAGGUCAAAUAUGUCUUUUUAAUAAGGUCAAAUAUUUCUUUCUAAUCAGGUCAAAUAUGUCUCUAAGGACGAUCACUUCAAAGACAUGUCUACAUACAAAGAUGCCCAGAAACUUUGCAAAAAAUACGCCAACGUCUUCAGCACAAUGAUAAAACUUGCACCUGACCUUGACACUGAUCAGAAGGUCAUCAUGCACGUGCCGACAGACUCGUCGCUCAUGCACCAGGUUGACGAAUGUCUCCGCGCGCUCGACCUUAUAACGGACAUCAGUUUCGCCGGUGAGCCAAAGGACUACCUCCUGGACUCCGACGCCGGGUCGGUGGCCAGUGAAGAUACUCUGGUCGUCCCGCCAUCGGGGGCGGUCACUGAGGUGACUGAGUUCCAGAGCAGAGAAUCUCAGACUUUUGUCUGAGUGCAUGCUUCACGUUCCUUCUGUAAAUGACGUGGCGAGUCGUUGACUAGUUACGUACUCGGAGAUCUACUCACCUCCGGCAGACGUUGUAGCCAAGGAAAGCAUAGAACUUGAACAGACCGGUGCUAACAAGGAGCUGCCAGGCGAUGAUCCCUAACAGAGACCUCAUUAAACUACCCCUAAAACAACGUUUUUCCUAUAAAUCCUUUCAUUUGAAUUUAUUAUUGGAUAUUAAUAGUCUAAUGUACCCCACCCGCUUUUAAAUGCAGAUUUAUUUCUACAAUUAUUUAGUGGGGGGAAAAAAGAAAAUUUUGUGCAUCAAACUCAUUUGGACUUUAAAAAAAAAAAAAAAAAGAAUCUCACUUAUCUGGCAGUUAUCUGGAAUUUUAGUUCGUGAAAUCAGUGGCCUCAUAUUUCCUUCAGUUUCCCCUAGGAAAAACUUAUUUUUGGGGGUUGGAGGUGGGGCUGAACAUUUGAGAGAAUGUUUGUCAUCAGCAACGAGUCUAUGUGCCAAGUUUCAACUCCAUAGGUUGAAGGGAAGUGGGUCAGUUAGCAGUACAAAGAAUUUGCCACACACCCAGAAAGAAAGAAAGAAGCACAGGAACAAAAGCGGAGCUAAUCGAAAGGAUUUAAAAAGGAACCCAAUUUUGAUCAAGUAUAUAGUGAUUGACUUCCUGUGCCACUAGUGAUUGACUUCCUGUGCCACUAGUGAUUGACUUCCUGUGCCACUAGUGAUUGACUUCCUGUGUCACUAGUGAUUGACUUCCUGUGACGCUAGUGAUUGGCUUCAUGCGUCACUAGUGAUUGACUUCCUGUGUCACUGGUGAUUGACUUCCUGUGUCACUAGUGAUUUGCCUCCGCCUCGUGUGUCAAAUAUGAUCACGAUGGAUUGCUCAGCGAUUCUUGAAAUAUUUUGAAGAAGAUUACUUAGCGGAAGUCCGGCCAAUCCAUGACGUGACCAAUUAACAGAUUGACCAAAUUUAUUAUAUAUUUAUUGACAAAAUAUAUAUUGAUAUUUAUUAGAGGUUGUGCGACCCUCUUAAGUAGCUUACAUAUUUGUAUUUGGGAAUGGACCAUAAGAUGUUUUAUUAUAAGGUUGUCUCUUUUCUAAAUAAAUAUUUUCCUUACGAUCAUGAUAGCCUUUGCAAAAAUAAUGUAUCUUUCAUUAUGUAUUUUAUCAGAAUUUCGUUUCGACUAAUAUAAAUCACACUUUUAGAAGUAGGCUAUAAAUAGAUAUAUUCGUCAGGUAUUUGUUUGUAAAGUUUGCAUUUUAAAAAAACUAACUAGAAAAUAGAGCCAAACAUCCGGAAACGGUACUCAACUCAUGCAAGUAGCUAAGAGUUAUCUACUGACACAUCUUUGAAUUUUGAAAGGUUUGAGAAUUUAAAUUUAAGCGUUCCCUCUUAGUUGUGGUUUUCUUCCACUGAUGUCACAUUAUUUAUUGUUAUCAUUCCGAAUUCGGAGAGGGGUGAACGAGAUCAUUGAAGUUACCACGCGCAUUGCGAUGUAAGUAUUAAUUAAAUAACUAAAUAGUGGUCAGUUGUUUUGAAGACAGCUCCAUGAUGCGUACAAGUUUCGCUUGCUCACUAAUUUUAACAAAUCUCUCUCAUGUCUUUCAAUCUGCUUCAAUAUUCUCCCUUUUCCCACUGCUGUCUCCGUUGUUAACUUGAGAGAAUAAUUGAAGCAUACGUUUUUAACUCGUUGUAAGUCGCAUCAAUAAGCACCAUUAUGUUGAUUUUAUUUAAUAAGCUAGCUAUAGCCAGCCAAACAAUGGAGGUGGCAAUGCGUGACCUUCCUAUCUGC